AUGAACUCAUCCACUCCCACGACUUAUGCCGGUGGCGAAGCACAGGCUGACCCAGCAUCGUCGCCUAAGCAGGCGUCAGACCCGCAGAUGUCGCAUGAAGCCAAUGUAAUAAUCGAGAAUAGUGAACGACAUAGCAGUCCUACAAUCGAGUUGCCCACACAGCCGUCUCCAAGCACACAGAAGUUGACCGGCAAUGACAUUGUCCUGGUAAUGGCUCCCCUUUGUCUAUCAGUCCUCCUAUCUUCCCUCGACCUUACCAUCGUCACACCAGCGAUUCCUGCUAUCGUGAAUCACUUCCAAGCAGUAUCGGGAUACAUCUGGGUCGGGGGAGCCUUCAUCCUCGCAAACACAGCAAUGACGCCUGUUUGGGGAUCAGUCUCGGACAUAUAUGGCCGCAAGCCGAUCAUGUUAAUCGCAAUGGCCGUAUUCCUCGGAGGAAGUCUGCUAUGCGCCUUGGCACCAACUAUGGAAUCUUUGAUCGCGGGCCGUGCCAUCCAAGGCAUCGGAGCGUCUGGUAUGAGCACGAUGGUAAACGUAAUCAUAUGUGACACCUUCUCUCUUAGAGAUCGUGGCUUGUAUCUUGCCGUUACGUCUAUCGUUUGGGCAGUGGGAAGCGCAGUUGGGCCUGUGAUCGGUGGUGUGUUCAGCACCCGACUAGACUGGAGGUGGUGUUUCUGGAUUAACAUGCCUAUUGGUGCGGUUGUCCUCGUUAUGCUGGCAGUUUUCUUGAAAGUGCCCUCGGCCAAUACACCAAUCGCUGCCGGUCUCAAAGCGAUUGACUGGACGGGAAGCGCGCUCAUUGUCGGCUCCGCCCUUAUGAUUCUUCUUGGGCUCCAAUUCGGAGGCGUAACUCACCCUUGGUCAUCUGUCACCGUCAUCUCACUCAUCGUCUUCGGCAGCGCUGUUGUAGGGAUCUUCAUCAUCAACGAGUGGAGAUUUGCUAUUAACCCGGUCAUACCUCUUCGUUUAUUCUCCAAUAGAUCGUCCGUGGCGGCAUUUACAGUUUUUUCCUGCAACUUCUAUAUUCUGAUUGGGCUUUCUUAUUACCUGCCGUUAUAUUCCCAGUCAGUACUCGGAGCAGAUGCAUUGGGCUCCGGGCUUCACCUCUUACCGUUGAUCGUGUCGAGCUCCUUGACAGCCGCGUGUACAGGUGCUUUCAUCCAGAGGACUGGUAUCUAUCUACCGGUGAUGUACGUGGCCCAGGUAAUCUUAACACUUGGCGCGGGGCUCUUUCUCAAUCUGGAGUAUGGCGAAGGGUUGACGAAGAUGUUCAUUUUCGAGAUAAUUACAGGUGUGGGAGUCGGGAUGAAUAUGGAGCCGCCUCUACUUGCUGCACAAGCUGCCUCGAGAGAGUCGGACACUGCUGCCGUCAUAGCCACCAUGGGCUUUAUCCGUUCAAUCGCAACGGCUGUAGCCAUUGUCGUCGGUGGUGUUGUCUUCCAGAACAAGAUGGCUUCGUCCAACAGUGACUUGGUCAAAAAUAUUGGUGCCGAACUCGCUGCGGCAUUUUAUGGGAACGAAGCCACUGCUAAUGUUGAACAAAUUGGGUCUUUACCAGCUGUGGAACAAGACACGGUGAGACAAGUAUACUACAACGCGUUAAAGGCAGUAUGGAUAGUAUAUGUCGCUGUGGCGGGCCUUUCAUUUCUUUCAAAUCUGUUUGUACGCGCUCACCAUCUGAGUCGGGAGAGGAAAACUGUUCGUUUUGGGAUUGAUAGAACCAGGAGGAGUCAUCAGGAAACGGAGAGUCCAGCGGGGCCUCACGGUAUUGAAUUAGUUCGCCUCAGGGACUGA